GAUUGACCCAAAUAUGGGCACCAUCUCUUUGAUUUCACCAGUUGACUUUGAAACUAAGAGCGAGUAUCACCUGACAGUGCAAGUGAAGGACUCUGGGGAGCCAUCGUUGUGCGCAGCAGAGCCUGCCAGGGUCACCGUUCAUGUCCUGGACAUGAAUGACUGCCCUCCACUAUUCACCUCCCCGGUAUACGAGCCAUCCAUUAUUUUUCCAGCCAUCAGAAAUACAGAGGUUGUGCGUGUUACAGCCUAUGAUGCUGAUUCAACUGUCUCAUAUAGCAUCACAGAUGGAAACCCUUAUAAUGCUUUUUCAGUUGACCCUAAUACUGGAGUCAUCACUCUGACCAAUGUAUCUGAAUUAAGACCAUUUUACCAGCUGGGCGUCAGAGCCUCAGAUGGCUUGUUUAAAGAUUCAGCCACAGUCAAGAUAAAUGUAACAAAACUGAUGCCAGGUAAUUUUAGAUUUGAGCAGAAAAUUUACUUAGCAAGUGUUAGAGAAAACCUAAAUAUGGUCAAAACCUUGGCAGCACUAAAAGUCUUGGGAAGCUACUUAAAUGAGCCUCUUUUGUAUUCUGUCAUGAACCCUAUGGGUAAGUUUGCAAUUUCCCAGGCAUCAGGUGUUCUUGAAACCACAGGUGUCCCUUUUGACAGGGAGGAACAAGAUGUUUAUGAUAUAAUGGUAAAAGUACAAGACAUGAGAAGUCCACCUAGAACAGCCACAGCCCAGGUCAAGGUUAUUAUAGAGGAUGUUAAUGACAACUCUCCACAGUUUCUGAAUCUGCCUUUUUCCAUUAUGAUUUCUGAAGACAAAGAGCCAGGAGAUGUUUUGUAUCAAGUAAGUGCCAUCGAUAAUGAUCAGGCAGAAAAUGGGUCCAUCUUGUACUCAUUAGAAGAGGACUAUGGCCUCUUCAGGAUUGAUCCUGAAGUAGGUGAUAUAUCCCUUCAAAGACCUCUUGAUUUUGAAGCUAUGAGUAAAUAUGGGUUGAUAGUGUUAGCUACAGAUGAUGGAGAGCCAAGUCAUAGCACCAUGGCUCAGCUCAUCAUUCAAGUGAGGAAUCGAACCAACCCAAUUUUCCAAACGCUUCUUUAUCCUUUGAAAGUCCCUGAAAAUGUUCCCCCAUUCACCACCAUCCUGCAUGUGCAGGCCAGGAACCCAGAGGGUUAUCGAAUCAUCUACAAUCUUGAGGAGGAAAAUGCAUCAAAGCAUUUUCACAUGGAUUUCAAAACUGGUGUACUGACUGUCACCAACCCCCUUGACUUUGAAAGCCAAACAUUUCAUGUGCUGACGGUCCGAGCUACUGACUCUGUGUUAGGAGCGUCAUCAGAAGCUUCAAUUGAAAUAGAAGUGGAGGACGUAAAUGACAAUGCACCAGUUUUCUCACAGCAAACUUACAACGUGAACAUUGCUGAGGGGCUACCAGUCGACACCUCUGUGAUACAGCUCUCUGCUACUGACAAAGACUCUGGAAGAAACAAAGACUUAACUUAUCACAUAGUUAAAAUGGAAGGGAAUGAAGCAGAUUUCUUCCAGAUAAACCCUAAGACUGGGUUGAUUGUCACAAAACAGGUACUAGAUCAUGAAGACAUAAAGCAUUUUAAUUUAAAAAUCAAAGCCAUUGACAAUGGGACUGUCCCUCUCAGUAGUGAGACAUUGGUUUAUGUAAAUAUCACUGAUGUCAAUGACAAUACUCCAGAUUUUGUCAGUCCUCAUUAUAAAGCCACUCUGGAUGAAAUGGCAAAAUGUGGCCACAUAGUAAUCAAAAUCCAGGCUUCAGACCCUGAUUCUGCUGACCUCAGUAAUCUUAAGUACAAAAUCCACUCAGGAAAUGAAGACCGAUUUUUUAACAUCAAUGAAUCCUCAGGAAUCCUCUCCUUUUCUAAUGUCUGUAGGAAGAACUUGGACCCUUAUUACAACCUGACUGUGGCUGUAUCUGAUGGAGUGUUUCAGAAAACUGUACCAGUCAAUAUUGACAUGAUUAACAGCAACAGGCACAGUCCAUAUUUCAAACAGAGCAUUUAUGAAGCUGAGCUGGCUGAAAAUGCAGAGCCAGGAACUCGUGUGAUCCGACUGGCUGCCAUAGACCCCGAUGACGGCCCAUACGGAAGCGUUGACUACACCAUUAUCAACAAACUAGCUGAUGAGAAGUUUGACAUAUACAAAGAUGGGCAGGUUGUUACAACUCAACCACUGGACAGAGAAAACGCCACCCAGAAAGUCAUAGCAAUCAAGGUAAUGGCUAAAGAUGGUGGUGGAAAAGUGGCCUUUUGCACUGUCAAAAUUAUUCUUACAGAUGAGAAUGACAAUGUGCCUCAGUUUAAAGCAACAGAUUACCAGGUUUCUAUCCAGUCUACUGUAAAUAAAGGUUCCCCUGUUAUUCGAAUCAUGGCUUAUGAUGCCGAUGACGGCAAAAAUGCAGAUGUCACCUACACUGUAGAAGAAGCUGAAGAGGUCACCGAAGACAUCAUUGAGAUCAACCCUUUCACUGGAGUAGUGAGUGUCAAGGAAAGUCUUGUUGGGAUGGAGAACAAGAUCUUCAAUUUUAAAGUCAAGGCUCGUGACAGCAGCCUUCCUUUUUACAACUCCACAGUGCCUGUUCAGAUGAAAGUGGUUCCUCCUGAGGUUCCCCUGCCCAAGUUCACAGAACCUCUAUACAGCUUCUCAGCAGCAGAAGACGUUCUCAUUGGGACAGAAAUUGGUUUUGUGAGGGCUGACUCGGACAUUCCCGUCAUUUACAGCCUGGUGAAUGGGAACACUAUUGAAAGCAACAAAGGCAAAGAGUUCAGCAUAGACAAAGAGAGUGGAACUUUGCUGUUGCAGAAACCCAUUGAUUAUGAAAAGACAAAGUGGUACCAGGUAGAUGUGGUUGCUCAGGGGAAUCAGAAUGGGACGGACAUUGCAUCUUUAGUUUCUGUCAUUAUCCAAGUCCAGGAUGUGAACGACAACCAGCCUGUGUUUGACGCAAGUCCAUACAGGGCAUUCUUGGCUGAAAACAUGCCUGCUGGUACCACUGUCAUCCAGGUGACGGCCAAUGAUCCAGACACAGACAGCAAUGGCCUGGUGACCUACAGCUUAGAGCCCCUGCCUGAUGACACCCUGCCUGACAUCACUGAGGUGUUCACCAUUGACGGAGAGAGUGGCUGGAUCACCACGAUGCGGGAGACUGACUGCGAGGCCACCAGAGUCUAUAGGUUUAACGUGGUGGCCACAGACCACGGUGGGGAUGUCAAGCUGUCGUCCAGCGUCCUGGUAGAAGUGAUGGUGACGGACCAGAACGACAACCCGCCGAACUUCACUGACGACAUGUACCAUGGCUCCGUGGUGGAGAACGUCACCCCAUUCGAACCUAUUGUUUCCAUGACGACCACAGAUGCAGAUGUUUCGCUGGAGAACCGCCUUGUAACGUGUUACAUCACAGACGGAGACCCGUUGGGCCAGUUUGCCAUCAUCCAGGAGGACGAGGGUCAGUGGGGUCUGAUAGUGAAGGAGACUCUGGAUCGAGAGACCAAAGACAGGUACAUCCUGAAAGUGACGGCCACCGACGGGAAGUUCGAGGCUCCGGUUACGGUGGACAUCCACGUGCUGGACAUCAACGACAACAGUCCAGUCUGCGAACAGCUGGUGUACACUAAGGGGGUGAUGGAGAACUUGCCGCCCAGGAACUUAGUGCUCAAAGUGUCAGCUUCAGAUCCAGAUGUUGGAGUGAACGGUGAAAUCACGUACACACUCCAUGGUCCAGAGGCAAAAAAGUUUCUUCUGGAACAAAGGACGGGUGAGCUGUUCACCUGGGCUGCUUUGGAUCGUGAGACGGACUCGGAGUUCAACCUCGUGGUGAAAGCGACAGACGGCGGGGGUCGGUCCUGUCAGGCCGACGUCCAGCUCGUGAUCCAGGACAUGAACGACAACCCGCCUCACUUCUCCACCAGCCACUACGAGGUCACCGUGUUCGACAACACAACGGUGCACACGCCCAUCGCCGUCGUGUACGCCACUGACGCAGACACAG